GUGCACGGCACUGGAGGAGAGAGUAUCAUUUUGCAGUUAACACCGGCAUGCCCAGCGAGCUGUGAUUGGCGGAGAGCAGAAACGUCAUAUGUUUUGGAUGUGAGGAGUCAUGUGUUCAGUGUUCUUUGUUUUCCAGGAGAGCAGAUUCUGCAAUCACUGUGUGUGAGAAGACACUGAACCCCACUGUGACCCCCCACUGACUACAACCCCCACUCUGUCCUCUGUCCAUGAGGUAGUGGAACAUUAAUUAAUUCUAGGCUGUGGUGUACCCACACAACUGAACAAUGGUACUCAUAUUGGGACGUCGAUUGAACAGAGAGGAGAGUGGAGUUCGUGAGUCACCUGCAACUAAGCGUAAAGUCUUUGAGAUGGACCAAAAGUUGAUGGGACAUGAAGUAUUUGACUUCAAUUCUGGUUCCUCUCACUCUGAGAGCAUCUUACAGAUCUUUAAUGAGUUCCGGGAAAGCCGUCUAUUUACUGAUGUUGUCAUCUGUGUGGAGGGCAGAGAAUUCCCCUGCCACCGAGCCAUCCUGUCUGCCUGCAGCAGCUAUUUUCGAGCCAUGUUCUGUAAUGACCACAGAGAAAGCAGAGAGAUGUUGGUGGAGAUCAAUGGGAUUUUUGCAGAGGCCAUGGACUGCUUUCUGCAGUAUGUUUAUACGGGAAAAGUAAAAAUCACCACAGAAAAUGUGCAAUAUCUCUUUGAAACUUCCAGCUUGUUUCAGAUUGGUGUGUUACGUGAUGCAUGUGCUAAAUUCUUGGAAGAGCAGCUUGACCCAUGCAACUGCCUUGGAAUCCAACACUUUGCAGACACUCACUCCCUCAAGACACUUUACACAAAGUGUAAAACAUUUGCACAACAGGCAUUUGAAGUUGUUGUUCAACAUGAGGAAUUUUUGGAGCUGGGGAAAGCAGAGGUCAUUGAUUAUAUCAGCAGUGAUGAUUUGGUUGUCAGCAAAGAAGAGCUGGUAUUUGAAGCUGUCAUGCGCUGGGUGUACCAUCAUGUUGAUGUCAGAAGGCCUAUGUUACAUGAACUUUUGACACAUGUUAGACUACCACUACUCCAUCCUAACUACUUUGUUCAGACAGUAGAAGUAGAUCAGCUUAUUCAGAGCUCUCCAGAGUGUUAUCAGCUGCUACAUGAAGCCAGAAGAUAUCACGUACUGGGAAAUGAGAUGAUGUCACCACGUACCAGACCAAGAAGGUCUACUGGCUACUCUGAAGUCAUUGUGGUAGUGGGAGGCUGUGAACGUGUUGGAGGCUUCAAUCUGCCCUACACUGAAUGCUAUGACCCAGUGACUGGUGAAUGGAAAUCACUGGCAAAGUUACCAGAAUUUACCAAAUCAGAAUACGCUGUUUGUGCUUUGAGGAAUGAUAUUCUAGUGUCAGGGGGCAGAAUCAAUAGUCGGGAUGUCUGGAUGUAUAAUUCGCAACUAAACAUUUGGAUUAGAGUAGCUUCCUUGAACAAGGGGAGAUGGCGUCAUAAAAUGGCAGUCCUACUGGGAAAGGUAUAUGUGGUUGGUGGAUAUGAUGGUCAGAACAGGCUGAGCAGUGUUGAAUGUUAUGACUCAUUCUCAAAUCGCUGGACAGAUGUAGCCCCACUGAAAGAAGCCGUGAGUUCUCCAGCAGUUACAAGCUGUGUUGGGAAACUGUUUGUGAUUGGCGGAGGACCUGAUGACAACACCUGUUCUGAUAAGGUGCAGUGCUAUGAUCCUGAUACGAAUACCUGGCUACUCCGAGCAUCAAUUCCUAUAGCAAAGAGAUGCAUUACCGCUGUGUCCUUAAACAACCUCAUCUAUGUAGCUGGAGGGCUUACUAAGGCAAUUUACUGCUACGACCCAAUGGAAGAUUACUGGAUUCAUGUACAGAAUACAUUUAGCCGACAGGUGGUAGGGUCUUCAGAACUGAACACAGUGUUAAAGGAGAAUUGUGGCAUGUCUGUCUGCAAUGGGAAAAUCUUUAUACUCGGUGGGAGAGGUGAGAAUGGAGAAGCAACGGACACCAUCCUGUGCUACGAUCCAGCGACUAGCAUCAUUACUGGAGUGGCAGCCAUGCCCCGACCUGUCUCUUACCAUGGCUGUGUAACAAUUCAUAGAUACAAUGAAAAAGCCUUCAAAAUGUGAACUUAAAGGAAGAAGGGAGGAAGGGGCUUGUAAAUUACCCUGCAUUGAGUAAGACUUUGCGAUCUGAAAACUGGCCCCAUUGUACAGUAUAAGGAAUCUACCAGUCAAAUUGUUUGCAGUCAUACUAAGAAAUCCAAGCUUGCGGAAAAGGGACCAGUAAUAUAUUUGUUUAAAGCCUCUCUGUUCCAUUGUCACACAUAAGCCAAUGGCCCUGGGUUACAGCUAUUUCGAGACUGGCAAUUUGAAAUUGGCCCAAUUUUUCUGAGAAUGUGUUAGUUAUGGAGGGCUAUUAAGCCUCAGUUCACAUGGAAUUUAUAACGGUUUUCUGAGGUGCUGCAUACACAUUCUGAACUUGGCUUCCAAUAUUGUGCUAAUACAUGAAAACUGUGCUUCUCAUAUACCAAUUGUGGAAUUCUGUGAGUUGUAUAACUGGCUGCCUUUGAAUGCUUGUCUAGCACUGGGUGUGAUUGUGGUGCAACUGGUAUUAGGCAAACAUAAGAGGGCGCAGAAGGCAAUUUAAAUAGCUACAUUUUGAUCCAGGACUGUUGGCCAAUGUGUCACUGUCACCCAACUAUAAAAAUAAGGGAAGACUUGUUAAGCUACCUAUGUGCUUUUAAAGCCUAAUUCACACAGAUAAAUAACGAUAACUGCUUCUGAAGAGGAGCAGCUUGAUAGUAAUGUGUGUGUAGAAAGGCUCCUUGUUACGUCUAUACUACGACAAAGGUGUACAUAUUGUAUCUGCCUUAGUGUGCUGCAGUGCAGACCUACACUGCAUGUACAUGUUACCUCUGUUUAUCAUAUAGGUGAAUGAUGGCUGCUGUCCAUGGGUCAACAGGGACACUGGGUACCAAGUAGCAUCGGGUAUGGCUAUGUGCCUGCAAAGAUGAGACCUUCAACACAUGGAAAACCUCCAGUUUUACAUGAUCAGCACAAUAAAUACGUUGCUUUGAAAUAAAGAUGCAAACAUAUUGUGGUAGAUUCCCUUUGAACCUCUGUAAAUAGUAAACAUUUCUGCUUUUUUAUAUUUCUGGAAAUCUCCAAAUUACUUUUUUCAUAGCCAAUGGCUAUUAUUUAUGCCAGCAACAAGGACUGUAAUAUUUGUAAAUUACUUUUCUGAGCAUUCUUACAUAUGUAUAACUGUCAUUGACUGUCAGGUGUGAAUUCUCUUUUUAUUUAAUAUUUUGGAGUGCAUGAGAGGAGAUUGAGACUUCAGAUGAUUGGAGAUUUAGGAGGGUGUGUAUAUAUAUAUAUUUAAUCUUUCCUGCAUGCAGAAUUUCCUCUGGGAUAACGCAUAUUUUUGCACAAAAAUGUUGCAGAUGCAGUAAUGCACAAUUUUCAGGGAGCCUUAUCAAAGAUCACCCUUGGAUAUCCCUGAAAUUGCAGUUUUUUUUUUUAUGUGUGUACAUGCUAUGUGAGUUGAAGCAAAGCCUAGUUUAAAGAAGGGGUAUCUGCUGUUAGCCCAUCAGUAAAGAAGACCUACCAUCAAGCUUGUUAGUAAUGUUCUCAAACAACUCACAUCCCGAACGCCUGAGAAACUAGGAAGACAGUUAGUGCCGAUUCACACAGGGGCAACCCGACAUACAGCGCGACUUUGCAAGGCGCCUUCAGCGCGACUUGGAGCAACUUACAACGCGACUUAAAGUUGCCUCCAGGACAGGCGACUUUGGCUGUGGCCAAACACAGAAUAAUCGGCUUUGUGGGAGGGAGAGGUUUGCCUGAGUAAACUAUUUUCUUUUCCUGUAAAGUUGCUUCAGUUAAGAGAGUGAUCUGACUUU